AGCGAGAUAGAGAGAAAGAGAGGGAGUGGAAACAAAUCCACACCAGGGAGUGAUAAAACACCCUCUUCUUCACUUCACAGCCGGAGCCACUGACAGCAGCAGCUACACUCGGCGUCACAAAUUUUUCUUACUGCCGUAGGUGAAGUAGGACAUUUGGGCACCUGUAAGCGAUGGAAGAAGAAGGAUCGCACACCGAGCAGAACAGCCAGACUGGCAGCAUGUCUGGCCUCCCACAGCAGCAACAGCAGGAGCAACCCGAUAGCCAGGAUCUCCUCAUCUCCAGCCGGGGGUCUGCCCCAUCCUCCCCAACCCCGACUGGCACCCUCAGCCGGCUGGGCUUCAAAAGUCCAACCAGCCCGACCGCGGCGGUGCCAGGCAGCCCGCAAGGCCAGGUGAGUGCCAUCACUGUGGUGGCCCUGCUGGACAAGCUGGUCAGCAUGUUGGAGGUGGUGCAGGACAACCAGAAGAGGAUGGAGGAGCGGCAGGCCGACCUGGAGGGUGCUGUGCGUGUCAUGCAGGGCGACAUGACACGCCUGUCCAAGACGCACCUUACCACAUCCAACAGCGUCAGCAAACUGCUGGAACGCUCCCGCAAAGUCAACGGAAACAUCAAGGAGGUGAAGGAGCGCCUGGACAAACAGGCGGUGCAGGUGAAGCGGCUGGAGGCCAACCACAGCCACCUGCUGAAGAGGAACCACUUCAAAGUGCUCAUCUUCCAGGAAGACAAUGAGAUCCCCUCCAGUGUGUUUGUCCAGGAGUCUCUCAAAACCCCACAGCCCAGCCAGGUGGAUGCCGAAUCCACCCAUCCCACUCCAUCUGUUACAAGUUCUGUUGAUCCAAUCCAUUACCAAGAAGAAGGCCUGCAGACCGUCAACUUGUCUUCCGAUGAAGACGAUAAUGCUACAGCACAUCAUGAGCACGAUGACUUGUUGGAGGGUGAGGGCUCUGUGGCUUCAGCCCCUAUUCGCUAUGAGAGAAGAGCUGAUAAGUUUAAGCGCAACAGUCUGAAAAAGGUGGACAGCCUGAAGAAGACCCUUGAGAAGACAAUGAACCAGCUUGGCACCAAGAUUGUUCCACCAGAGCGGCGUGAGAAAAUCAAGAAAACCCUCACCCACAACCAUCCAAAAAGCCCAACUGCCAAGAGCUCCUCCUUCAAGGUGUCUCCCAUGACCUUCAAUGUCAGGAAAGUCAGAGACGGAGAAGCCCCUCCACAAGUCAAGCCGUCAUCUGAGAUUGAUGCCCAUGUGGAGAUUCUUCCCCUGGGAAACAUAGAUGGAGAGAUUAAUCUGGCAGAUGUGCAUUCGCCGGAAGGCCUGGUGGAGGAAGUGCAAGAGAUGCUGAAUUCCACCACCACAGAGAGCAUGAAGGCACAGCUGGGCAUCAAUGGAGAAACAACAGGCAUUGAGUGUGAGAUCAAUGGUAAGCGUGCUGCUAGCCUGGCAGUUCCAGAGCGAGAUGAAGAUAUUGCAGAGGAUGAAGAAGAGAAGGGAGGUGAGCAGAGCAAGACCCCUGCAGAGUUGGCAGCAGAGUCCCAGAUACCAUCAGGAAGCGUUGCAAUGGAGCAAGUGUCUUAAUAUGCUAUGAUUAUGUUGAUCAUAAAUUCCUUUUUCCACUUUUUUUUUUUUUUUUUUUGCUUAGUCAUAAUAAGCUCUUAGCACCACAUUGCAAACUAUCUUUCUGAUAUAGUUUCUGUCCUUUGUGCUGCUUUAGGUAGUCCAUCCUGAGGUCUUUCCUGCACUAUCUUUAAAUAUUGCUUGACAGUAGAAGAUUCACCUUCAGACCGUACAAGCAAAUGGGUUUUUCUUUGGUGGCUUGUAAAUGGAAGCAACAUUACAUUCACCAUAAGUCAUUCUCCAUUUUAAUAGUGGAACAUGUUCAAGGCGCCGGGCCAACGAUCUCCCAUCUGCUCCAUCUCUCUGCAUCUGGACAUCUCUGACUCACUGACAAACAGCCUCUUUGUACUUUGUGAUAAAUAGUAAAUCUUUGGAAAUGGUGGUACUGCCCACAGCUUGUGGAGGGACCGUGUUGCCAGGUUUUGUCAAGAGUUGGAAUGGGGAGUUUUCAACGAAGAGAUUCUGGUACAUCAAGGGUUCUUUAUCAAACUGCUCUAAAUCUGUGCAGAAAACACCCCGAUUUUAGCGAACAGUUUGAUUUUAACUUGAUGUAACUUUGAUUUAAUGUGAUUCUGUCCUGUGUGGUGGUCACCUGACCUAGAUACACUGUGUUUUAAUUACUUAUUCAUUUUGAUGUUAUUAUAUUUGAUGUGGAACUCAGCUAGAAUGUCAAAGGAGGCAUUUCUGAUGAGCAAACCACAAUGGUUCCAAAUGCAUUCAAGUAUUUGACUACUUUUAAUUUUUUAAAACAGUCCAAAUGUUCUUGCUUGUCACUCUGAUUUGAAGCUUAACAAAACAAGCGACAAACGCUUCUAGAACUCACACCCUUGCCAAGGACUAGAAUUAAUCCUUUUUUAUUUUGCAUUGAGAUUAACAAUGUAGUUGUUUCAACUGAUAUCACCCUUAAAUGCCAUGUUUGAAAUUGUGGAUGGUUUAAUACUUGGACUUGCUUGGGGUGAAAUCCAGGGGUUACAUGACAGUUGGGGCCUCUGUUUUUUUCUGCACAAAAAAUAUAUAGUAGAGAGAAAAGAGGAAAUCAGUGAUUUUGAAAAGUAAUUUCAAUUUAUUUCAUUUAUAUAGUACCAAAUCACAACCAAGUUGCCUCAAGGCGUUUCACACAAGUAAGGUCUAACUUACCAACCCCUAGAGCAAACACACAGGCGACAGUGGUACGGAAAAACUCCCUCUGAUGAUAUUGAGGAAGAAACCUCAAGCAGACCAGACUCAAAGGGGUGACCCACUGUUUAGGCCAUUCUGACAGUUACAAGGUUUUUGCAAAGUACAGGAACAGUUCUUGAUUUCAAACUUAACGUUUGGCACAGUUCACACUUCAUGUGCACAAAACCUACACUUAUUCUUAUAUGUUACAAUAAAGUCCAUAUGUGUAUAUUUGAGAAAAAAAAAAAAAACAAGUAAAAGUGCAAUUGCCCCAACACAAAAAGAAAAGAAAAAAAA